CGUGUGUCAUAAUGUGUCCGGUCCCGUCAUCUCUCCUCCGGUAAGCGGCGGAGCUGCAGACGCAGUGCUGAGGCCCGGACUGCUGCCAGCGCGAGCGCUCACCGGAACAUGGCUCGUCCGCGGCCGCGAGACUUCAAGGCGGGAGACCUGGUCUUCGCCAAGAUGAAAGGAUACCCGCACUGGCCCGCGAGGAUCGACGAACUUCCUGACGGAGCGGUCAAACCUCCCUCCAACAAACACCCCAUAUUCUUCUUCGGUACCCAUGAAACAGCCUUCCUGGGUCCAAAGGAUCUUCUGCCGUACGGCGACUACAAAGAGAAGUUCGGAAAGUCCAACAAGAGGAAAGGCUUCAACGAGGGUCUGUGGGAGAUAGAGAACAACCCUGGAGUCAAGUUCACUGGAUACCAGGCCCUUCAGCCACAGAGCUCCUCCGAGACGGAGGAGGCGGGGAAUGCGGCAGACGGCAGCAGUGAGGGUGAGGAGGACAACUCUGUUGAAGAUGAAGAUAAGCUGAAAGAGGAGAAGACUGUAUCCAAACAGAAGACAACCUCCGUCUCCAAGAAGCUGUCCAGGAGUUCCCCCGGAGACGAAGACCUGCAGAAGGACGCCAAGGAGGACGACCAGAAGAGCGGCUCACAGGGAGACGUCCUCCAGACCGAUGCUGACAGUAAGAAGCAGCUGCUGAUGGAGGAGCAUUAAGGACAGCAGGAGACCUUUGCUUCUUGGAGACGUCAGCCUACGGCAGGAACUGCGCCCCCUGCUGGACGCCCUGACCCUGUUCUAAGCUGGACGUUGAGUUUGUCAAAGGAUCUCAGACAGAUUCUGGAGUCGCUCCGGGUUCCAGGGUCACCCGUGAUCUGAGCCUCUGAAACUGAAUCCAGAACCUCCCGAGCUGCUGUCAGGGAAAACAUCUGGUUUCAACGUACGGAGUGGAACCAGACGACACAAAGACGGACCCCCUCCUGAGGAACGCUUUGUUUCUGAUGACCUGGAAGGUCCGUCUCUGCCAGAACCGAGCCUCUUCCCGAGGAACGCUGCAGACCACGGCGCCGUCUUUGUGUCCACGCCCUUGACCUCGGCUCCUCUUGUCUGCUGAUGUGAUCCUGUUGCAGUUUGUCAAACUAAAUCCAGCUCAGAGCAGGUGUUUGCAGCGUCCUGGUCACAUGACCCUCACCUGUACAUGCCCAUCCUACAGUCUCCAUUCUGUCACCUGUGUCCAGGUGCGUCUGAGAAACACUGCACUCACAUAUGGUCUCUGUUGCAGUGUGAGGUCCAUCUCCAUCUUGUUCCAGGUUAAGGUGGGCGGGACUUGUAGACAGGUAGAUGUUCACCUUGUAGCUCCUCAGUACCUGUAUCUGUUGUAGACUUUAGGAGCCUGGCGAGGCUCUGGAGAGCCUCCCGUAUGCUUUAGAUCUUCGUGGAGAAGUUCUCAUGGUGGCAUGCAGUUGUUUUCCACAUUUUAGGACUCGUGUGCAGAAACGUUCUGGAUUGGUUUGCAAACCCAGAGCUGUGCGGUUCUUGAGAGGAGAACCUGGUGGAGUUUCCGUCAUUUCCUUCAGCCUGUGUUUGCCUUUCACAGAUUUGUAUUUACUGUAAACCGUUUUUGCUGUUUAUGGAAACUUUUGCAGAAUAAAGUCGUUUGAAUGCA